GCUCUUCGUUGGCUAAACGUUUGCUGUUAAUCUCGAAGGAUUUGUGAGAAACAGGACAAGGCUCGGAUCGAUCUGUUGCCAUGGUGGAUGUUUUAUCCGUUUUUUGGUAAUUGGCGCAACAAGUAGGUAUGCAAGGAUGGAUUCUUUCUAGAAGACGCCCAAGCUGAAGUUGCAGCCUGUUUACUGUGCCACAAAGCAAAGGUUCCUCCAUCACCCCGAGAGAAGACAUGGAAGACAUUCCUGGAGGAAUAGUAGCAGCGGCCAAAAACCGCCUGCAGGUGUUAAAGGGUUUGGCGGAUGUGGAGGUGCCCGAGUGUGAGAGCUGCUCCUUCGAGGUGACUCUAAACCUGGCUUACAUCGAGGGCAUGUGGACCAGAGACGGGAUGCAGCUCAGGUCGAAGCCCAACUGUCGCAUCAGCACGCAUGGGAAGAAACACUCGCUCAUACUGAAGAGGGUGGCUCUGGGAGACGCCGGGGUGUUCGCUUUCCAGGCCAACGGUGUCCAAACUGCAGGCCGACUACACGUCAAAGCUAGAGACAUCCACAUUGUGAAGGAGCUGGAGGACGUUGAUACGAUGGAGCGCCAGCCCGUGAACUUCCUGUGUGAGGUCAACCAGGUGGAUGUGGACGGUCGGUGGUACAGAGAUGACUGCCGCAUCCGACAUGGUGACAGUGUUAAGAUCAGGCACCAGGGUAAAACUCACACCCUGUCCUUCAAGUCAGUCAGACCAGAACAUGCAGGAGAGAUCAGAUUUACUGCAGAGCGCGUCUCAUCUUAUGCAACUCUCACGGUGAAAGAGCUUCCAGUCCAGAUCGUACGUCCUCUGAGGGUCAAGAUAGCCAUGUACCGGCACCGAGGUCUGCUUGAGUGCCAGGUUUCGAGGCCUAAUGCUCAGGUCAGGUGGUACAAGAACAGGAAGGAGCUCCUGCCUGGUAAGAAGUACCAACUAAUCAGCCAAGACAUCUACAGGCAGCUGACCAUCGAUGACGUCUGCUCCUCGGACGAAGACACCUACACGUGUGAUGCAGGAGAUGAUGAAACAUCUUGUCAGCUUCUGGUAGAGGAGCAGGCGAUCAAAAUAGUGCGGGGGAUGAAAGCAGUGGAGGUGAUGGAGCCGGAGCCGGCGCUGUUCCAGGUGGAGACCAGCCUGAAGUCAGGGAGGCCUCCGAGGUGGACCCUGAACGGUGAAGUUCUGGAGCCGUGUGCUGCAGUGAACAUCGACAGGGAAGGAACCGUCCACAGCCUCUGUCUCACCUCCACAGAAACCUCCAUGUCUGGCCCGGUCGUCUUUGUAGCCGGCAAGAGUCGAUCCACUGCUCAGCUGACGGUGAACGAGCGACCUCUUCAGGUUGUCCACCACCUGGAUGACGUAGAAGUGAAGGAGAACGGCUCAGUGGCUCUGAGCUGUGAGUUCGCUCCAUCUCCCAGGGCGGUGCGCUGGUUUAAAGGUCGCACGGCUCUGAAGACCUCCAACAAGUACAGCAUGAAGAGAGAAGGGAAGCGAGCAGAGCUGGUGAUUCACGGCCUGACGGGGAUGGACUCAGGACAGUACCACUGCAUGGCCGGAGGCUCACAGAGCACCGCGCAUGUCCAGGUGGAAGUGCGAAGACUGAAGUUGGUCAAACACCUCGAGCCAGUGGAGAUCGAGGAGGACGGCAUCGCCAGGUUCACAUGUGAGCUCAACUACGUGGUGGCCAAUGUGGAGUGGCUCCUCAACAACGUCCGGCUCUAUUCCAACGCCAUCAACCAGAUCCAGCACAUGGGCACCAUGCACAGCCUCACAAUCAAGAAGCUCCGGCCUCAGGAGAGCAGGGUCACCUUCAAAGCAGGCCUUCUUACCGAAACAACAACCUUAAAGGUCAAAGAGCGCCCAGCGGUGUUCCUGAGGUCUCUGGAGGAUGCCGUUGGAGAGGAACAAGGGGAGGUUUGUCUCCAGUGUGAAAUUUCCAAAGAGACGGUGACCCCCGUGUGGAGGAAGGAUGGUAUGGUCCUGACAGCGGACGACAAACACGAGCUGCUGCAGUUUGGAAAGUCCAUGGCACUGAUCAUCCAUUCACUGAGUAAAGACGAUGGUGGACAGUACACCUGUGACCUGGGAACCAGUCAGACCAAGGCCAAAGUUACUGUGCAUGAUUUACACAUUACCAUUGUUCAACGUAUGAAGACAACUUCUGUCCUGGAGGGUGAAAGCUGCACCUUCGAGUGUCAGCUCUCUCAUGAUCUCAUUGAUGAACCUUCCUGGUCAAUCAACGGUCAAGUGGUGAUUACGAACAGCCGCGUUCAGCUCAUCGGUAACGGCCGCAAGUAUAAGAUGACCAUAAGAGAUGCAAUUCUGACUGACGCUGGAGACGUGGUCUUCACAAUUAAAGAUCUAACCUGCAGGACGAUGCUCUUUGUCAAAGAGAAGCCGGUGCACAUCUUCAGGGAACUGUUGAACGUCAAGGCAGUUCCUGGUGAGGACGCAGAGCUGAGCUGUGAAAUCACCAAACCAGAAGUCACCAUCCGCUGGCUGAAAAACGGGCAUCUCAUCAGGCAGAGCCCCAAGUAUCAGAUGAGCGUGGAGAAGAAUCUGGCACGACUGCUCAUCAAGAACACCACCAUCAGAGACUCUGGGGAGUACUGCUGUGAGGCCGAAGGAGUCGCCUCCCGCGCCAAGCUGGAGAUCAGAGAGCUCCAGCACACAUUUGCGAGGGAGCUGAGAGAAACCCGAGCCGAGGAGAAGAGUAAGGUGACCCUGGAGUGCGAGACCAGGCGGCCGGCCAAGCGAGUGACCUGGCUGAAGGGCAUGGUGGAGCUGAGGGCCGGCAGGAAGUACGUCAUCAGGCAGAAGGGCGUGGUGCUGUCGCUGACCAUCACCUGUCUGGAGAAAUCCGACGCCGAUAUUUACACGUGCGAUGUCGGUACCAUGCAGAGCCGAGCACAGCUGACGGUGCAGGGUCAGAAGGUGUGUAUUCUGGAUGAGCUAGAAGACGUUGAGUGUCUCGAAGGCGACACGGUCACAUUCAGGUGUCGGAUUUGUCCCAGCGACUAUGCCGGCGUCAAGUGGUAUCUGGACGAGACGCUGCUUUACACCAACGAGCUCAACGAGAUCCAGAUGAUUCCUGGAGGAUACCACACCCUCACGUUCAGGCAGCUCGCCCGCAAAGACACCGGCACUAUUUCGUUUGCAGCCGGAGACAAAAGAUCCUACGCCUCGCUGUUGGUUAGAGAGAGGCGUCCCACCAUUAUUAAGUCGCUGGAGGACUGCGAGGCGAUCGAAGGAGGCGGUUUGGUUUUGUCCUGUGUGGCCUCCAAGCCGUGUCACAUCCUGUGGUACAAAGACGGCUGCCUGAUGUGGAACUCAUCCAGAUACUUUGCCAGCAGAUCCGGAUGUGAAGCUCGGCUCACCAUUCGGGAGGUCUGCAGCGGUGAUGCUGGGGUGUACGAGUGCAGUGCUGGAUCUGUCACCACCAGGGCUGUUGUCACUGUCAGAGCCAUCCCAGCAGAGUUCACGCAGCUGCUGAAGACGAUGGAGGCCAAAGAAGGGGAGGCCGUGACUCUGACCUGCGAAUACUCUCUGCCUGGAGUCCAGGUCCACUGGAGGAAAGGUUUCGAGAGCAUCAGAGCUGGAGACAAGUACGUGAUUAAACAGAGGAGGACCAUCAACUCUCUGACCAUCAAAGCUCUGAAGCUCGAGGACUCAGGAGAUUAUACCUGCCAGUGCAGAGACCAUCAAACAAGAGCAAGUCUCACAGUGCACGCUAUUCCCAUCACAUUCGUACAGCAGCUGAGGAACAUGCAAGCAGAGGAGGGCAGCAGUGUCAUACUGCGCUGUGAAAUCUCCAAACCUGGAAUCCCUGUCGAAUGGAGGAAGGAGCACGAGCUGCUGAGGAACGGGGUGAAGUUCCAGAUAAGGAAAAGGGAAACCUCCUUGGAGCUGCUGAUAUGGAAGCCUGUGCCUGAAGACAGCGGCGUUUACAGCUGUGUGUGUGCCGAUCAGACGACGUCUGCCAACAUUAAAAUCACUGCUCUUCCAGUCACCUUCAAACAGAAGCUGAGGAACGUGACGAUCGAGGAGGGAAACACCGCCACGCUUCGCUGUGAGCUUUCUAAACCAGGCCACACUGUAGAAUGGAGGAAACGAGGGGAUGAACUGAUCAGGAAUGGAGAGAAACAUCACAUCCGGCAGAGGGACAUGCUCAUCGAACUGAGGAUCUUCGAUGUGACACUCGAGGACAGCGACAUCUACACCUGCAUCUGCGGGAACAUCGAGACCACCGCUACUCUCACCGUGAAUGCUCUUCCCAUCACCUUCAAGCAGAAGCUGAAGAACCUUCAAGUUGCGGAAGGCAACAACAUCUCGCUGUGCUGUGAGAUCUCUAAACCCGGAGUCCCGGUGGAGUGGAGGCUCGGAGGAGACCGGCUGGAGAACGGAGAGAAGUACCAGAUCAAACAGAGGGCCUCGGUGCUGGAGUUGACCAUCACAGAUGCCACACCGGAGGACAGCGGCGUCUACACCUGUGUGUGCAGAGAGCAGAGGACCAAGGCCACCGUUAAAGUUGUCGCGGUUCCCGCCACCUUUAAGGUGAGCAUGAAGAGUCAGGAGGCCGAGGAAGGGACCAGCGUGACCUUACAGUGUGAGCUGUCCAAGAAGGGAGUCCCGGUCCAGUGGAGGAAAGAGGCUCAGGUGCUUUCUGAGGAGGUUUCUCGGGGCAAAUACCAGAUAAAGCUGGAAGGAAAGACGGCUCAGAUGACCAUUUUAAACGUCCAACCAGAAGACGCAGGAAAGUACAGCUGCAUCACAGGAGAUGAGAAAACCACCGCUGAAGUCAAAGUGAAACCUCUUCCCGUCACAUUUAAACGGGAGCUGCAGCGUCUGGUGGUGAAGGAAGGCGACAGCGGCGUCUUCUGCUGCGAACUCUCCAAACCCGGAGCUCCGGUGGACUGGAGGAAAGGCCGAGUCAUCCUGAAGCCCGGAGAGAAGUAUGAGAUGAAGCAGGAGGGACGACUCACCAAGCUGAUCGUCAACGACGUGGAGGAGAGCGACGCUGGGAAAUACACCUGCAAGACGAAAGACAGCCAAUCGACUGCUGAGCUCACGGUCCAAGAAUUGCCUCCGAGCUUCAAGCUGCCGCUGGUCAACCAGGAGGCGACCGAAGGCAACAGCGUGGUUCUGCGCUGCGAGCUCAACAAACCUGCCGCCUUGGUGGAGUGGAGGCGAGGAGGAGGAGGAGGAGAGCUGCUGAAGAACGGAGACAAAUACCAGAUGAGGAAGAAAGAGCUGCUGGUGGAGAUGAAGAUCGCAGACCUCAGCGUGGACGACGCAGGACAUUACACCUGCAUAUGUGGAGAAGAGACGACGAUCGCCAGGAUCGUGGUGAACGAGCGUCCCAUCAGAUUCCUUCAGGAGCUGAAGAACAUUCAGGUGCAGGAGGGAAACGGAGUGACGCUCUGCUGUGAGCUCUCCAAACCAGGCUUCCCAGUGCAGUGGAGGAAAGGCGACAACGUGCUGAGCAGCGGAGAGAAGUACCAGAUGAAGCAGAGCGACUCCACGCUGGAGCUCCUCAUCAGGAAAAGCGUCCCCGAGGACAGCGGCACGUACAGCUGCACCUGCGAAGACGUGAAAACCAGCGCAACCAUCAUCAUUACUGCGAUCCCAGUGACUUUCAAGCAGAAGCUGAAGAACCAGGAAGCGGUGGAGGAGGGAUACGUGACGCUGCGCUGUGAACUGUCGAAGGCUGGAGUCCCGGUGGAGUGGAGGAGAGACGCUCAGCUCCUGAAGGAGGGAGAGAAGUACCAGUUAAAGCAGGAAGGCCGAGGGGCUGAGCUGCUGAUUAGGAACUUAACUCUGGCAGACGCUGGAGAAUACAAUUGCUCUGUUGGAUCAGCUGUGACUUCAGCUGACAUCAAAGUGAGAGCUCUUCCUGUCACAUUUGAGCAGGAGGUUAAGAACUUGGAGGUGAAGGAAGGCGACAGCGGAGCUUUCUGCUGCGAAAUUUCCAAACCUGGAGCUCCAGUGGACUGGAGGAAAGGCCGAGUCAUCCUGAAACCCGGAUACAAAUACGAGAUGAAACAGGAGGGACGACUCACCAAGCUGAUCGUCAACAACGUGGAGGAGAGCGACGCUGGGAAGUACACCUGCAAGACGAAAGACAGCCAAUCGACUGCUGAGCUCACGGUCAAAGCUCCACCCGUCACCUUCAAGACAAAGCUGAGGAACCAGCAGGUGGAGGAGGAGAACAGCGUGACGCUGAGCUGUGAGCUCUCUAAACCAGGCCUCUCGGUGGACUGGAGGAAGGGAGACGAGCUGCUCAAGAGCAACUUCAAGUAUCAGCUCAAAGCCAGGAGCAGCGUCAUGGAGCUGACCAUCAAGAACACGCAGCUGGAGGACAGCGGGCUGUACAGCUGUUUGUACGGAGACACCAGGACGUCGGCCAACGUCACCGUCACACCGAUUCCGCUCACGUUUAAAAUGGGCCUGAAGAACCAGGAGGCCCCUGAAGGAGGCAACGUGUCGCUGCGCUGCGAGCUGUCCAGGGCCGGGGUGCCGGUGCAGUGGUGGAAGGGUGAGGACCAGAUCUACAGCGGAGGACGGUACCAGAUGAGUCUGAAGGGGAAGGUCGCCGAGAUGAGCAUCAGAAACAUCCAGCCGGAGGACGUUGGCGAGUACAGCUGCAUGUUCGGAGAGCAGAAGACCACCGCGGAGGUCAACGUCAGAGCGGCCGCUUCAGUCUUCUUCGAGAAGGAACUGGAGACCCAGGCGCUGAUGGAGGGAAAGUCUGCGCUGCUGUCCUGUGAGGUUUCCAGCGCUAACGUGCCCGUCUCCUGGAAGAAGGACAACGUGGUGGUGGAAGAAGGAGGACGCUAUAUCGUGAAGAAGAAAGGCCCCACGCACACUCUGGAGAUCAAGAAGCUCAACCUGGAGGACGCCGGAGAGUACAGCUGCAUCUCCAGAGGCAAGAAGACCACGGCCAAGCUGAUAGUGAGGGAGCGCGUUCGCAUCGUGGCCGAGCUGCAGGACGUGACGGUGACGGCGGGGGAGGACGCGGUGUUCGUGUGCGAGCUGAGCCACGCCGACGUGAGCGAGGGCGUCUGGUGGCUCGGCGGCAGCCCCCUGCAGAAGAACGAGAUGAACCAGAUGACGUAUCGCGGCCGGCACCACCGCCUGGUCCUCACCAUGACGACGCCCGAGGAGACCGGCACCGUGGCGUUUGUGGUCGGGGAGGAGAGGACCUCGGCGAGUCUGCAGGUCGUCCCCAAAGCCAAAGUUUUAUUCGAGGAGAAGCCCAAAGACGCCGUGGUCAUGGAGGGAGAGACGGCCACUCUGCGCUGCACCACCUCUGACCUCAUCACCAUGGUAACCUGGAGGCGCAACCACAUCCCCCUGCAAAGCGGAGAUAAAUACGAGAUGCGUAAGGAGGGAAAAGUCAACCUGCUGCUCAUCCAUAACGUGGACUGUCUGGACACCGGGACGUACUCCUGUGAUACUGGAGAUGUGCAGAGCAGCGCCAAACUCACUGUAACAGAGCUGCCUCCGUUCUUCCAGGAGGAGCUGCAGAGUGUAGAAGCUGAAGAAGGAGGUUCGGCGUCGCUGUACUGCGAGCUGUCCAAACUCGGAGUGCCGGUCCAGUGGAAGAAGAACCGGCUGCCGCUGAGAGCCAGCAGGAAGUACGAGAUGAGGCAGGACGGCUGCUUCCUGCAGCUACGCAUCAAAGAUCUCAAGCUGGAGGACGGCGGCAGCUACUCGUGUCAGGCAGGAAAUGCAGAAACCACUGCGGCUGUGACAGUGACAGAGCUCCCUCCGUUCUUCAAGAAAGAAUUAAAAAGUGUGGAGGCUGAUGAGGGAGGUUCAGCCUCUCUGUGCUGCGAACUGUCUAAACCUGCAGCGUCAGUGCAGUGGAGGAAGAACCGGCUGCCGCUCAGAGCCAGCACAAAGUACGAGAUGAAGCAGGACGGCUGCAUCCUGCAGCUGCACGUCAGAGAGCUCAGACCUGAGGACAGCGGCUACUACACGUGUCAGGCAGACGGUGCAGAAACUACUGCAGCCGUAACAGUGAAAGAGCUUCCACCAUUUUUCAAAAAGGACUUGCAGAACGUGAAGGCUGUGGAGGGAGGAUCAGCCUCUCUGUGCUGUGAGGUUUCUAAACCUGGAGUCUCAGUGCAGUGGAGGAAGAACAAGCAGCCACUGAGAGCCAGCAGGAAGUACGAGAUGAAGCAGGAUGACUGCAUCCUGAUCCUCAACGUCAAGGAUCUCCAGUCUGAGGACAGCGGAAACUACACGUGUCAAGCAGGAAGUGCAGAAACGUCUGCAACUGUGUCCGUGAAAGAGCUGCCGCCAUAUUUCAUCGAAGAACUACAAAGUGUGAAGGCUGAGGAGGGAGGUUCAGCUUCUCUGUGCUGCGAACUGUCCAAACCCGGAGUGUCGGUGCAGUGGAAGAAGAACAAGCUGCCGCUCAGAGCCGGCACAAAGUACGAGAUGAAGCAGGACGGCUGCCUCCUGCAGCUGCACAUCAACGAGCUCCAACUGGAGGACAAGGGCAGCUACACGUGUCAGGCAGGAGCUGCAGAAACCUCUGCGACUGUGACAGUGACAGAGCUCCCACCGUUCUUCAGAGAAGACUUGAAAGGUGUGGAGGUGGAGGAGGGAGGUUCAGCCUCUCUGUGCUGUGAAGUCUCUAAACCUGGACUCUCGGUGCAGUGGACGAAGAACAAGCAGCCGCUGAGAGCCGGGAGGAAGUACGAGAUGAAGCAGGACGGAUGCUUCCUGCAGCUCCACAUCAAAGACACCACACCGGAGGACAGCGGCAGCUACUCGUGUCAGGCAGGAACUGCAGAAAGCUCUGCAACCGUGACAGUGAAAGAGCUCACUCCCUUCUUCAGCCAAGAAUUGCAGGGUGUAGAGGCUGAGGUCGGAGGUUCAGCCUCUCUGUGCUGCGAGGUUUCUAAACUGGGAGUUUCAGUGCAGUGGAAGAAGAACAAGCUGCCACUAAGGGCCGGCAGGAAGUACGAGAUGAAGCAGGACGGGUGCCUCCUCCAGCUCCACAUCAAAGAUCUCAAACCUGAAGACAUCGGCAGCUACUCGUGUCACGUAGGAACUGCAGAAACCGCUGCAACCGUUCAAGUAAAAGCACCAGCACCAACUCCACCGAAGGAAGAACCUCCAACCGUUCAGCCACGGGUGAAAAGCCCUGUCUCCAAACCAGCUGCAGAGAACGAGACUCCCGGAGUCCCAGAGGCCAAACCUGUUCCCCCAGAGCCCAAAAAGAGGAUUCACAGGAAAGCAUCUAUUACAAGUUCAGAAAAAGACGUGGAGUCAGUUUCUGACUUGAAGCCGUCUUUGCAGAAGGAGGUCAAUGAAGUCCAAAAGGUCAUCCAGCCUGCAAGAUCUGUGGAGAAAGACUCUGGUGUGGCUCAGAAUGUAACACAAGUGGAGAAGAAUAAAGAGAAGGAUGGUGACGUGAACAAGAAAGCUGAUAAACCGGUGAGACUACCAGAGAAGGAUCGUAGGGUUGACAGGAAGGUCGAAGAACCAGCGAGGAGUUUGGAAACGGAAAAUGAAGCUUUCCUUGAGACGAGACAACCGGGAAGAAAUCUGGAGGAAACAGUUAAAGUUGACCAUAAAGUAAGUCAGGCUGAUGCUGUGGUUGAACUCAAGCAGAAGGAAAAGGAGCAUGAAGCCGUGCAAAACUUAAAGGCUUUAGAGAAAACGGGUGAAGCUGAGAAGAAGGUGAAACGUCCAGGAACGGUGCAAAGAACGAACAGCCAGGAUGAAAAACGUCCUGUUAAAGCACCAGAAAAGCUGAUUAGAGUAGAAACGACGAAGGAACAAGAUGUGAAAUCUACUGAGAAUGAAAGUGAAGCAGACAAGACAGACGAGGAGCCUUUAAAACCACCAACUAGAUCGAAGGCAAAGGGAGCAGACGUAAAGCAACCAGUCAAGUCUACCUUAAAAGAAAGUGAGGAGAUCAUUCCAGAGGUGGUAAAAGCAGCACUGAGUGAUUCGGAAGAAAACCAAGUGUCUAAACAAAUACCCACAGAGACAGAAAGAGAGAAAAAGCCUCUGAAACUGAUGCCUUCUGGAAAUCAACUGGACAAACAGCCAGAAAAGCAUCUCGAAAAAGAGGCUGAAUUCGUCCCUCCAAAGCCACCUGCGAGGACAAAAGGCAAAGCAAAAGGAGGAUUUGAAAGACAAGCAUCAAGGGACACAGAAACAGAUCAGGAUGAACAACAGCCGACAAGACGUCCAGUGAAAACAUCUGAGGAGCAGCCAGUAAAACCGGUAACACAGCCGACGAGAAAGGAGGCUGAAGAGAAACCGAGAUCAGAGAGGAGGCAGUCGGUAGCUACAGAUAGUGAGACCGUUCAGAACAUAGAGCCGCCUGCCACAUCUGCAGAGAAAGAAGCCAAACUGCCCGUAAAACAGCCGGUUAAACCCAUGAGAAAAGAGCCGGACAUGGAUUCGGAGAUGAAACUGGCAGUCGAGCCGAUGAGACGGGAGGAAGAGCAGCGAGCAGCGAAGGUGGCUGUAGACAUUCCUCUCCUCUACAUCUCCGAGGAUGAAACUUUCUCAGAGGCUUUGACUGAAAUACCAACGAACCACAUCCAACCCACUGAUUCUUCUGUUCCUGCAAAAGAUCUGCCGCUGGAGACGACACCGCCGUCCAAAGACUCCCCACCAGAGACCGACAUCAACUUCGAGGACGAACCGCAACUGCAAGAGGCUGCGGUCAAGAUCCAGGCUGCGUUCAAGGGCUACAAAACCCGCAAAGACAUGCGGCCAGUCUUCAAGGAGGUGUUUAAGAACCAGAGCGCAGAUCUUCAUGGUACACUCACUCUCAGGUGCACUGUGGAGGGAAAACCCAGCUCGGUUUGCUGGCUGAAGAACGGACAACUGAUCGCUAGUGACCAGAGGUGUCGCACUCAGACCACGGAGGACGGAGAGUGCACGCUGGUGAUCAAAAACCUGGUCAGCACCGACAGUGGGGUUUACACGUGCGAGGUUGUGAAUAAGUUCGGUGUGACGUCCUACAACGGAAACGUAACAGUCGCACCGACUCCUCAACCGGCUGCGACACCACAGAGGCCGGUGCAUCCACCGCUUGCGGCUAUAACUCCUUUGCAGCUCGCGCCGACGAAACCUGAAGCCAAAACAGAAAAUCAGAGUCAAGAAACGGCUGCAAACUACGUGGAAAACGUGAGUGUCUCUCUGUGGGAGGCCUACAACCUGACGGAGCAGGACACCCAGAUGAGCCUGCAGGAGAGAAGGCGGUUGUCGCUCGUAGCUGCCAGCUCCAUGUCGAGUCCCUCUGAUUAUGACACGGCUCCGGAUAUAAUGGAAGCUGUUGAGGCCAGCCCAGUCCUACCGAGGGAAGCACCAAAACCUGCAGAACAAGCAGCUCCAAAGGACGAUAAAGAAGAUGUUGCUGCUCCUCAACCUCCGAAGAAGCUGUUGAAGGUCAAAGGGGCUCAUGAUAUUAAAAUGAGGACACCGUCUCCAAAGCACCAUCGCGCCCACACGCCUUUAACGAGCACCGUUUCUGGUUCAGAGUCGGAGGGAGAGGAAGACAGACGAGAGACGUUUGAAAUGUUCGUGGCUCGAGCUGACUGCAGCCCAAACAGCGGCAAUAAGGACAGCUUUGUUCUGAAGGAGGGACAGUUCGUAGAGGUUCUGGACUCGGUUCAUCCUGACAGGUGGCUGGUGAGGACCAAACCCACCAAAACCAACCCGGCUCGACAGGGAUGGCUCUGUCCUGCCUACCUGGAGAAGAAGAGAAAGGAAACCUUCCCACAGUUGAGAGCACCUCAAGAGGACAUUGAUGGAAUCGGAUCUACAGGAGAAGAGUACAGGAGAGCUCUGAGUCAGCUGAUCCAAGGCCUGGUUGACGGAGAGCAGGAGUUUGUAAAGGAGAUGAAGACGUUCAUCUCUCACCAGCUGAACUGUCUGGAGUCCAGCCGCCACGUCCCCAUUAGCAUCCUCAACCAGAAGGAGAUCAUCUUCAGGAACAUCAAGGACAUCGUGCUUCUACAUGAGCGCUGCAUCCUUCCUGGUCUGAGAGAAUGUGCCACAGACGAUGACGUCGCCAUGCAUCUGAUCAAACACACUGAAGACUUUGAGAAGUAUCUUCUCUACAUGGUGGGACAAGCACAAGCGGAGGCCUGCAUCACCGACAAGGCCGUGCAGCAAUAUUUCAAAGAGUUACAAGGACCUGAUGCUUCUGUCAUGGAUGUCCUGACGUUCCUCCAGCAGCCGGUGGAGAGGAUUCAGACCUACCAGGCUUUACUGAAGGAGUUAAUCAAGAACAAAGCUAAGAGCGGCCAGAGCUGCUACCUGCUGGAGGACGCCUUCUCUACGGUGUCCUGUCUGCCUUGGAGGUCUGACAACCUGCACCAGGUGUCGCUCAUCGAGAACUACCCGGCUCCUCUCACCGCUCUGGGUGAACCUGUUCGACAGGGAGUCUUCACAGUUUGGGAGGAGUCUCCAGAAAUUAAAACAGCCUCUAGAGGUCAUCAGAGACAAGUGUUUCUCUUCAAGGAAUGCAUCGUUCUGUGUAAGCUGAAAAAAGACAGCAGCAUGAACCGAGACACCUUCACCUUCAAGAACAAAAUGAAGCUGAACGAUGUGGAGAUAAAGGAGACUGUGGGAGGAGAGGAUAAGUCCUUUGGCUUGUGGCAUGAACACCGAGGCUCCCUGAGGAGACACACUCUGCAGGGAAGCUCCACGUUGGUUAAACUGUCCUGGCUCAAAGACCUGAAGGAGCUGCAGCAGCGAUCCAGUCUGCUCACCAACAGUCCUCCAGUGUUCGAGUCACUGUUGUCUGACUGCAUGACAAAGAUAGGGCAGACCAUCAAACUGACCUGCAAAGUCUCUGGAUCUCCAAAACCAGUCAUCAGCUGGCUCAAAGACGGUCUCCCUCUGGAGGACGAUCCCCGUCACAUCAUCACAGCGGACCGGUCGGGCUGCUGCAGUCUGAUCCUGGACAGCCUGACCGCUGAGGACUCGGGACAGUACGCCUGCUACGCUCACAGCUCCAUGGGCAGCGCUGGAACUCUGGCCAAGGUGGUGGUUCAGGCUCCACCGAGGUUUGUGAGUCGACUGGAGAGCGCUUGUCUGAUAGACGGUGAGGACAUCCAGUUCUUCUGCUCCACGCUCACCGCACCUCUACCACGAAUCAGGUGGUUGAAAGAUGGAGAAGAGUUGACUGACCAUCGGAAGUAUUUCAUCGUGAAUGACUCUCGCAGUGGAAUCUUGUCUCUGACGGUCGUCGGGGCAACAGAGGCAGAUAUCGGACAGUAUGAGUGUGAGCUUUGGAAUGAAUUCGGCUGCGUCAAGUGCAAGGCAGGCCUUUGUCCCGCCUUCGUCCCGCCGACUGACAUCGAGAUCGACCAACCACAAGACUUACCUCCGAAAGGUAGGACGACCCGAGCCUCUGAGGUAAACGUCCUCCACACAGGAUGGAAACCCAGCACUGGGCUUUCAUUCACACUUUCACUACUGCGUUUGAGGAGGGAUAAAGCACAUGCCAUUGUUACUUCAGAUCCCCGUUUUUUUUUAUUUUUUACAUCAUAUCAUGUGACAUCACUUCACCACAACAAGCGAUUCGAAUCAGUUUCACCUUCCAACCUCUACCAUCCAUCCAUUCUAUCAAGUCUGCACCAUACAGAUGCCGACUCAGAAGGCUGGUCCACCGCCUUCGUGAAAAAGUGGCUACAGACUGACUUCAGCCCCACUUCUAUUGCCAAGAUGCUCUUCCCUCCCGGAUACCCUGAACAUGCUGAGAGCAGCGCCGAAGCAGACGUUCCUGCCUCCACGCCGACAGAACAGCCGGUCCAGCAGCCACCGUGUUACCUGGAGGAAGAAGAGGAGAUCUACAUCUCAGAGCCAAUGCAGGAAAUUACUGAUGCUCCUCCCUUCAUCCAAGUUCCUGCUGAGGACCUGUGUGUGGAACCUGGACAGACGUCUACAUUUACAGCCAUCAUCACUGGAAGACCAACUCCUAAGAUACAGUGGUUCAAGGACGGAGAGGAGCUUGCAGCCGAUGAGAAUGUGAAGAUAGUGCAGCAAGGCGCUCGCUGCUCGGUGACCAUCGUGUGUCCGGAGGGCGAAGACAGCGGCAUCUACACCUGCUUCGCUCACAAUGACUCCGGCCACGCUUCAUGCCAGGCCCAGCUGUCGGUGGAGGAAGGUCUACUGGAGAUUCAGGAGAGGGAGGUGGAGCUGGGGAAGAGAAGGAAGCUUUUCUCCGUCUAUGACGUCCACGAGGAAAUCGGAAGGGGGACGUUCGGGGUAGUGAAGCGCGUCAUCCACAGGAGGACGGGGGAAGUCUUUGCUGCUAAGUUUCUGCCUCUUCGGAGCAGCAGUCGGACCAGAGCCUUCCAGGAGAGGGAUUUGUUAUCUCGUCUGGCUCACCCGAGGGUGGCCUGUCUGCUGGACUUCUUCUGCACCAGACGAACGCUGGUGCUCAUCACAGAAAUCUGCUGUUCUCAUGGACUCCUCGACCAUUUAUUACUGAGAGGAUCAGCCUCAGAAAAAGAGGUUCAGUCAUAUAUCCAGCAAAUACUUGAAGGAGUCGGUCACAUUCACAGCAUGAACAUCUUGCAUCUGGACAUUAAACCCGAUAACAUCCUGAUGGUUUAUCCGCCAAGAGACGAGAUCAAGAUCUGCGACUUCGGCUUCUGCCAGGAAAUAGACACGUCCAGACACCAGUACAGUAUGUUUGGGACGCCGGAGUUUGUUGCACCUGAGAUUGUUCACCAAGAGCCAGUGACCGUGGCCACAGAUAUUUGGGCUGUGGGUGUUAUAGCCUACCUGUGUCUGGUGUGUCGAUGCCCGUUCGUGGGUGAGACUGACCGAGCCACGCUGCUCAGGGUUGGAGAAGGGACUCUGAACUGGGAUGCACCUGAUAUCAUGUACAGGAGCCCUGAAGCCAAGAACUUCCUCCACCUGCUGCUUCAGCCGGAUCCAGAGAAGCGACCGUCUGCUUUUGAAUGUUUGAGCCACGAGUGGUUCCAGGAUGAACAUGCAGGAGAAGAUACAGAAGAAAUCAACACAAAGAGUUUGAGAAUCUUCAUCUCAAAAAGGAAAUGGCAGCGUUCUUUGACCUGCAUCGGUUCAGUGCUCACGCUGAGGCCCAUUCCUGAGCUUCUUGAUGCUCCUCUCAGAGACACUGCAGUGACGGUGCCUCGAGAACACCAAGAACACAGCAGCACCUCCCUGAGCAGCGGCUCCUCCUCCGAGUACGACGAGGCCGACUCCUGGGACUUCUUCCAACACUGCAGUCAGACCGAGGAGGAGGAGGAAACAGAGGAAGACUUUGACCCUUUAUUGGAGAGAGCGCAGAUCCCAGAGCCUUUUGUCAAACUGCACCUGGAUGCAGAGGAGGAUGAUGAAACGACGUUAGGGGAGGAAGAAGAUGUGGAGCUGGUAGGAAGGAGGAGUGUGUUAGAGCGAAGUGUGAGCAGGCAGUCAGUUGCUUCAUCAGAAGUUUCGUUCCAACAGACGCCUCAGAGGGAACGUCGGUUCAGCAAAGACAGCAGUCCGUCCCUUUGUCUGUCUGACGGAGAUGAAGGUUCAGGAAGCGACGGAGGUCGAAUCCCUCGAGGGAGCCUCAUCCGAAGCACUUUCUAUAACACGUCUCAUCAGCUUUCACCGAUGUCCGCCAGGCACAUGACUUUACGGGACAAAUUCCAGGCAAAAAAGCAAGAAAGAGGUCGGAAGCCACUCAGGAGGAGCUUCUCAGGACGCCUCAACGAGCCCCUUAUUGAAUACGUGGAGGAUGAAACAGAAACUAACCGCGGUCAGAGACGAGGGUCCGUCCAGCCCACCAUGCAGAAGUCCUGCUCCUUUGACAGUGGGGUCGGCCUUGUCCACGGCAACGUACCGCCUCACAGAAGGAGUAGGUCUCUUGACGAAUCACGUCGAUCUCCAACCUCACCCACCCGAUCAAAACCCAGAGAGGAGGAAGGUUCUCAGAGUCUGAAGGAAGACUUCACAGACGAUGAAGUGGCAGGAAGAAGCAUGUUGGCCAUCCCAUGUCCUAAAAGACCCACAAGAAGAAGAGGAUCUGUUGCUCCUGUACAAGGGACUCAAACUUCAGGUGGAUCAUCUGUUCCCUCAAGCUUCCUUGCCGGAAACCGCAUGUGCUCCAGGUUGGAUCAGGAGCAGAAAGGUGAGACCUUUGGGGGCUCACAAGGAUCUCUGGCUGAGUCGUACACUUUGGAACAUGGUGGCUCCGAGUCUUCAAGCAGACUCGGCUCCUAUGAGGAGCUGAGUCAUGGUCAUCUCAGAGGGAAGUACAGAUCAGGAGAGAGUGACGGUUAUGAUGAUCAGAACGAGCCUCUCAUUUCCCCAUCGCCCUGCUCGUUCCAGGAAGUCAAACCCAGGAGCUCGUUUCCUCAGGCACCGCCUCGUAAUCGCACGCGCUCCAAUCCCAACUUAUCCACUAACAGCAGAGGUCAGCCGGGGAUGCCGCUAACGCCGAGUCCCAGCCCCAGCCUCUCUUCUCUGCAGUCUCCAGAGAGGCCUCCCAGAGCCAGGGACAAGAAAGAGGGCUGUGGCCUCCAGAGACAUGCAUCGGCUCCGGCUCUCGAAGCACGACCACCGACAGGGAAGUCGCCCAAACUAGGACUGCUGAAGAUCUUCCGCAGACAGUCCUGGACCGGUCAUUCCUACUCACAGCUGGAGAACGCAGAGUUAGGACCCACACUAGGAGAGAUCAUGAAGCCUGAUACGCCCACCAUGUCUCUGAGGAAGAAAAUGAGAGCUUCAGCCUCCAGUCUGACCAAACUGUUUUCCAGGUCUUCCAGUAAGGAGGACGUGAGUAAAGGAGGGCCGAUAGUGAAAGGAUCCGCUCUUGUCUCAUCUGAAGAAGACCUUCGCAGUGGUCUUGAGAGCCCCAAAAAGAGAACCUCAAAACUCUUGCCGUCUUUCAAAAUACCUUCGUUCAAGAAGACAAAAGAUCUGCUGGUCCGUCCCUGCAAGGCAGAGGUGCUGCAGUUAGACGGAGGCGGAGUUCUGCUGGUGUGGAGGCCUGUUCAGUCCAGCGACCCGGUUACUUACUGUGUGCAGUACUGUACAGACGGUGGGGAGUGGACAGUCCUAUCUGAGGAGGUGACGGAGAGCUGCUAUGUGGUGAAGGAUUUACCCAGAGGAGCUUCGUAUGUGUUUAGAGUCGGCUGCAUCACUAAGAAAGGAGCUGGACCCUUCAGUGACGCUUCAGCUCCUGUUGUUAUGGCGACCCAUCCCGAAGAGAUUCACAUUCCUCUCAUUCAGACUGAGUCUCUGGGGUCAAAGGUGACCAGAUCAGCAACACACAAGAACUUCAGCUUCCUGUCUGAAAUCAACAGGGGUCGUUUUAGCGUAGUAACUGUGUGUCGGGAUGUUGAGACCAGCCAGGUGUUUGCUGCUAAGAUCACACCUUACCAGGCAGAGCAGAGGCAGCUGGUGCUGCGAGAAUAUCAGCUGCUGAAGAGGCUUCAUCACCCUCAUCUGGUUCAGCUGCACACUGCCCUCAUCACCCCCUGCUACAUGGUCUUAGUGGAGGAGCUGUGUCCCGGCAAGGAACUGCUCUACAGCCUGGCUGCCAGAGAUCUGUACGCAGAGGCCCACAUCGCCGAGCUGCUGGUUCAGAUUCUGGGUGCGGUCGACUACCUGCACAGCCGCCGGGUCAUUCACCUGGACCUGAAGUCCGACAACAUGCUGGUGGACGACAACAACCACGUCAAGAUCAUGGACUUCGGCUCGGCUCAGUCCUUCACACCGGGACAGCCUCUCAACAUCGAGCACAUCCAUGGCCUGUCAGACAGCAGAGACCGCCCCGGCAAAGUUUAUAUUGUGCUUCCUAAAGCUCCGGAAAUCCUGGAAGGCCAAGGAGUCGGACCUGAGACGGACGUUUGGGCUGUCGGGGUUCUGUCGUUCAUCAUGUAAGUACAGAAGGUCA